CUCACUGGGAUAAAACAGUUAAAUCAGCCAUUGUAUGACAACAGCUGCUUCUGUCAUUGUGUUUUUAGCCACUGGUAACCUCGGCUUUAUUUCGAAAGUACUAACCGGAAGAUAAAGGUUAGCUUUACAGCAGUGGGGCAGGAUCCUCUCCGGUGUUUUGGUCCAGUCCACCGAGCUCACGACAAUGACAGCGAGGAAGUCUGGCUCCCGCCUGGAGACGGAGAUCGAGCGGUGCCGCUCAGAGGGACAAUGGGACAAGAUACCGGAGCUAGUGCGGCAGCUCUCGGCCAAGCUCAUAUCAAACGAUGACCUUGGGGAGCUGUUGCUGGGAGAAUGCAAGCUUCAGACGUACUUGAAGGAGAAUCCCAUCAAACAGGGAUCCAGUCCCCGGGGCCCACGACCAAAACUGGUGGAGGUCAGGAAACACCUCACUGCUGCUCUGGACAGAGGGAACCUCAAGGCCGACUACCUCCAGGAGGCUAGCCUGCUGAUGGCUAAACUCUGCUAUGUUGAGGGAGAAUACAGAGACGCUUUAGGUCACUACAGCAGAGUAUAUAUGGACGACAUGCAGCUGCCGGGAGCUCCUGUGUAUAGACUUUCCAUGAUAGCAGAGGCUUAUGCUACUAAAGGACUGUGUCUAGAGAAGGUCCCAGCUGCUUCUCCGUCUCUGUCCAACAAGAACACUGGCUCUCCAUCUUCUAACAGGAGCACAACAGACAGAGACCAAGAAAUCAUCACAUGCUAUGAAAAGUCUGGAGACAUCGCUCUUCUGUACCUGCAGGAGGCUGAAAAGGCCUUGUCAGCAGGGAUUCAGAAUCGCAGCCCAAAACCCGGGCCGACGGCCCAGGACCAGGAGCUGGGCUACUUCCUGGAGACGGGCCUGCAGAGGGCCCACGUCAUCCACUUCAAGAAUGGUAACCUCACAAAAGGUGUUGGCCGGUUUCGAGAGAUUCUUCGGGCUGUUGAGACCAGAACCACACAGAACCUGCGCAUGACCAUAGCCAGACAGCUUGCAGAGAUCUUGCUCAGAGGAAUGUGUGAACAGAGUUACUGGUCCCCUCUGGAAGACCCGCCCACGGUGUCACCAUUGGACGAUCCAACGCGGCAAGGACACACUCACAGCAAGAACUACAACCUAAGCCGACGCCCACGAGUGUACUCAGGAGAGAAUUUGUUUUGCCCUCAGGAGAAUACAGAAGAAGCAUUGCUGCUGCUGCUCAUCAGUGAGUCCAUGGCUAACCGUGAUGCCGUCUUGAGCAGAAUUCCUGAACACAACAAUGAUCGUAUCAUCAGCCUACAGUCUGCGUCUGUGGUGUACGACCUGCUGACUAUAGCUCUGGGGAGGAGGGGGCAGUACGAGAUGCUGUCAGAGUGUUUGGAGAGGGCCAUGAAGUUUGCCUUUGAAGAGUUCCAUUUGUGGUACCAGCUCGCCUUGUCACUAAUGGCAGCUGGCAAAUCUGCUCGUGCUGUUAAGGUCCUAAAGGAGUGUAUUCGUCUAAAGCCUGACGACCCCACCAUCCCUCUGCUGGCUGUCAAACUGUGUAUCGGAGCCCUGCACUGGCUGGAUGACGGUGAGUGCUUUGCUAAGAUGGUGAUUGACAUGGGGGAGAAAGCGGCUGAGUUCAGAGCCAAAGGCUUCUUGGCCAUUGGGCUGGUUUACAGCCUUAAAGCCACUGAUGCCUCCUUACGAAGCAUGCAGGAGGACUACCAGAGGAAAGCUUUGGGUGCCUUCCAGAGAGCUCAGAGUCUGUCUCCAACUGACCACCUCGCAGCCUUCUACUUGGCACUGCAGCUUGCUGUGUCCAGACAGAUCCCUGAGGCACUGGGGUAUGUUCGCCAGGCGUUGCAGCUUCAAGGGGAUGAUGUCCACUCCCUUCAUCUGCUGGCCCUGCUGCUCUCUGCUCAGAAACACUACCACGACGGUCUCAAUAUUAUAGAGAUGGCCCUGUCCGAGUAUCCGGAGAACUUCAAUCUACUGUAUACCAAGGUGAAACUUGAGUCGAUGUGCAGAGGACCAGAGGAAGCUCUGCUCACCUGUAAACACAUGCUGCAAAUCUGGAAGAGCUUUUACAACCUUACCAACCCCAGUGAUUCAGGGCGUGGCAGCAGUUUGCUGGAUAGAGCCAUGGCAGACAGACGACAGCUCAACGCCAUGACUCUUCCUGACUUCAGUGACCCUGAGACUGCUUCUUCCUCUUCUCACUCUGGUUCUGAAGCAGUAUCCCCCACUUCCCCAUCCACCAUUUCCACCUUCUCAUCUCCGCUACCCUCCCCUUUCUUUCCUUCCUCCCCUUCCUCCCCUUCCUCCCCUUCCUCCCCUGUGUUCAUCCUCCAGCCUCCUCCACCACCCAAAAACCCACGCUUCCUCCCGCCUCUUCCACCUCAUCCCCCCCCUCCUCCACCUCUUCCCACAUCCACCAAGACCAGGACUCACUCGUUUUGCAACCACGCGACACUUCGCCAUCUUUCCUCCAACUACGGCCUUCACGACGCUAACAUUCUUGGUUUUUCCUCCAUGUUUUCUGUUUGUUCGGUGCACGCUACUUCCAUAGCAGCCAGUCGUGUAGAGCAGGCUCUGUCUGAGGUGGCCUCCUCCCUGCAGAGCAGCGCCCCCAAACAUGGGCCGCUCCACCCCUGGAUGACCCUGGCUCAGAUCUGGCUGCAUGCAGCCGAGGUGUACAUCAGCAUGUCGAAGCCUGCCGAGGCAUCAGCGUGCACCCAGGAAGCCUCCAACCUCUUCCCCACAUCCCAUAAUGUGCUGUACACGAGGGGGCAGAUAGCCGAGCUGAGGGGCAACAUAGACGAGGCAAAACGCUGGUAUGAGGAGGCCCUGUCCAUCAACCCGACACAUGUCAAGACCAUGCAGAGACUGGGUCUGAUUCUCCAACAGCUGCAGCGCUACAGUCUGUCUGAGAAAGUCCUGAGGGACGCUGUGCAGGUCAACAGUACGGCUCAUGAUGUGUGGAACAGUCUGGGUGAGGUGUUGCAGGCUCAGGGAAACGCUGCUGCUGCCACUGAGUGUUUCCUCACCGCCUUGGAGCUGGAGGCCAGCAGCCCCAUUCUGCCCUUCACCAUCAUACCCAGAGCUCUAUGAGACACACACACACACACAGCAUGCCUGGAUGCAACUUACACACAAUUGCAUAAGGUGUUACUGCCAUACCCUCAGAGAUACACACACUGACACACACCAUAGAAAUGCAAAUAAUACAUAUGAACAUUCAUACACGCUUCUCCCUACCCACCCUUCCCAUAAUGCCUUGCUGUGGCUGUGACUCUUGUGUGUGGGAGUAAGUCUGUGCCGAUACAUUGCUCGUUUAUGUCAGUCUGCACUUUUGGUGUGCCUGUUUGUGUCUGUGCACGUACACCCAUGUUUGUGUAUGUGCGGCAACAUGACGUCUGUGCAUAUUCUGUGUGUGUGUUUGUUUUUUGUCCUGUUCACAGAUGUAAAUAUGUUUCAAUUCAAUUCAUUACUGUGACAUUGUUAGCAUUCGCAAACCUUAAAGUUUACAUUUUGUUUACAUGUUAUUAAGUACCAAAACAAACACACACACACACAAUUUCAUGGUCCUUUCACACACUGAGGGAAGAUCUAGAAAAUUUUACAAAAAUUGCUUAUGGGCAGUUAAAUAGUUCUAUUAAUGUUUCCUUUAUAGGCCAAAUGUAACUGGUAAUCUCGUUGACUCUGAAAACACACACACACACACACACACACACACACACAACACACACACACACACACACACACAUUCACCUCUUGCUGCAGAGAAUUGUUACUGUGGGGAAUCACUGACAUUGAAGGAGGAGACGUGCGCGUAAAGUUUUCACUUUCUGACUGAGUGUAAGAUGAUAACACAAAAAUAUGUGACUGCAGUAAAUAGAAAGCCAGCUGCCAUUAGCCUAUGUUAGCAUAAAGGCUUUCUCCACUUUCUGUAAUAAAAUGCACUCACCAGUAUCUCUACAGCUCACUAAUUAACAUGUUCUGUGUUGUGUAAUCUGAACAGAAUCAUGUUUAAACAACAACAUACAGAUUGUGCGACCUCUCCUACAUUUGUCUUUCGCUGCAUUUUCUCUGUCUGCCUCUUCACUGAGUAACAGUGGAAAACAUGCUCAUUAAUGAACUGUAAAGAUGAUGGUAGGUGGAUGUUGCUCAUCUAGGGUAAUCAAAGCUAAACCAAUAAGCUCCUAGCGUUAUAUUUAGUCAACAGACAUGCGAGUGUUCGUCUCAUCAAGAGCAACGAGAUCGAUUUCUCAAAAAUGUCUAUUGUUUUAAAAAUCAUCUAUUGCUGUAGAGUGAUUCCAUUUCCACAUUAAUAAGGAUUUUUAAUGAUUGCAAUCUGUUUGGAAAAGCUGAGUGUCACACACAUAAGAGCAGACACCAGUCAGUUUCAUAUAAACUGCAGCUCCUGUCAAACAUUUCUAUUUUUACUCGAGGAAAUCUACUCCACUCACAGCACAAAAUCAUGAGUCUGAUUUUGUGUUGUGCGUAAACGCAGCCCCAGUGACUGUGUUGUGUCUUUGCCCUGUCGCACAAUCACGCUAAAUACAACCAGAGGAAUAUAGCUUUUUUAAUUUUUAAUUGUUUGAAGAUAAAUACACAGAGUUAUCAUUGUACAUUUGAUUGUUCCAAGUGUAAUAUUACUGUUAUUAUUUCAGAGAGUAAAUUAUAAUUCUAUUUUCUGGAGAGCGAUGUUGCUGAGGUGCUGUGGGAGGAGAGGAAGGAUGAGCUGAUUCAGUUUGUUCAUAUGAGCCCUGUCAGUGAGUCCUUAGUGCUGUAAAUGAAUGACUGAUAUAAGAAUGAUAUCAAUGAAUCAGAGAAUAAAAUUGGUUAAAAACAA